UUUGCCACGAGAGGAUUAGUAACGGGAGCUAUGUCCUGUGCCAGAUCUGUCAGUCACGUGACUAUUAUUGGGGGUGGUCUAAUGGGCUCCGGGAUAACCCAGGUAGCAGCACAAACAGGGCAUAGAGUCACACUAGUCGAUCUUGACCAAAACAUCCUCGAUGGAGCCACAGCGCGCAUCACCAAGUCUCUUGCGCGUGUCGCCAAGAAGAAGUUCGGGGACGACGCAGAUGGAGCUAAAGCUUUCAUGGAUACCACAAUGGGCUCUAUUUCUACUGCUACUGAUGCUUGCUCCGUGGUAAAGGACACUGAUCUUGUAAUAGAAGCAAUUGUGGAGAACAUGGCUGUGAAACACAGGCUGUUCAAAGAACUGGACUCUGUUGCACCUCAGAGUGUUAUCUUUACAAGUAACACUUCGUCCUUGUCUAUUGCUGAGAUCGCAGAGGUAACCUCACGAAAAGACAGAUUUGGGGGUUUACAUUUCUUCAACCCUGUUCCAGUCAUGAAACUGCUGGAGGUAGUGAAAACAGCGGACACAUCUGCCGAGACACUUUCAGCCCUGACAGCAUUCGGAAAGAAGCUGGGAAAAGUAACUGUGGAGUGCUCUGAUACCCCCGGGUUUAUUGUUAACCGAUUGUUGGUGCCAAAUUUGGCUGAGGCCAUCAAAAUGCUGGAAAGAGGUGUUGCCUCCGCGCAAGAUAUUGACACAGCAAUGAAGCUAGGUGCUGGUCACCCAAUGGGUCCCCUCCAACUUGCUGACUAUGUUGGACUCGACACAUGUUGCUUUAUCCUUGAUGGGUGGAGCGAGAAAUACCCUGAUGUUGAGCUCUUCAAAACACCAGAGUCUCUCAAAAAGCUGGUUUCAGAGGGAAAGCUUGGUAAUAAGACUGGCGAGGGUUUUUAUAAGCAUUAAAAGUUUUCGUUAAAUAGAUUGCAGACUCCUGGUUUAAGUUCUGUAUUUAUAAAUUCGGGUUUUUUAUGUAGAAGAUAGAUUUAGAAUUUAUAAUUAUAUAAAAGAAUGAAAUCUAACCCGUGACCAGAUAUGAUUCGAUAUUAAUAAUAAUCUUUAACCCCUUAAUUUAACUUCCUUUUGGGAAUUAUAGUUUCGAUUGUAUCAGAUUUUGUUAAUUUUUGGAAUGAUCAUAUAAUUUAUUGUUUAUGCAUGUAUAUUAUGCUAAAUAUCAUGAAUGUAAUUC